AUGGAACUUUUGGCUAAGGCUUUGAGCAUGAAUGAAGAUAUUAGGGGCAUAGAGGUUAAAUUAUCAGAAUCUGCUGAUCCAUUUAAUCAUGAGGAACGUGAACGACUUGAGGCAGAGAAGUUGGCAAGGAAGUUUGAAGCAAAAUAUGGAGGAAAAAGUCAUCGCCAUCGAAAAGACCGUAUGCAGGAUCUUAUAGACAUUGGCUAUGGCUAUGAUGAGACUGAUCCCUUUAUCGAUAACUCUGAAGCAUAUGACGAGUUGGUCCCAGCCUCACUAACUACAAAAUAUGGAGGUUUUUAUAUCAACACAGGAACACUACAGUUUCGACAAGCAUCUGAUUCUGAAAAUGAAGAUUUUAUUCAAAGCAAAAAGCAGAAAUCAUCCAAAGUAUCUACUUUAAAAGAUGAUGAUCGGUCCAUUAAGAAACGCAAGAGAAAAGAGGAUUUAUCAGAAAAGGAAAAACCAUCACGGAAGUUAAAAGUCCAAAAAACUAUGGGAGUAAUGGCCUUUAAUGCUCACAAGCCUGACAAAAAGAAGAAAAAGCUUUACAAAGAUUCUUUGUCCCUUGCUGCCAUGCUUCGGAAAUUUCAGAGGGAGAAAGAUGCAAUGCGGAAAAAUGAACCGAAACAACUCCAACAGUCUCUUACUGUAGGCAAUCCUCCACCUAAACCCAACCAUGCUCCUGUUGCCAAUGAUUUAUCUGACCUGACACUUGGUAGUGACCCUGUUCUUGCUAUCUUUGGUGGUGGCAGUGAACGAGAACUUUUACAAGAAGCAGAAAGUGCACUUGAAAUGCUUGGUGACAUUGAUUUUGAUAAACUUUUGGACUCUGAAUCUAAUGACAGUCCCACAGCUUCUGAUCUUGGAGAGAAUGGUAAUGUUGGGCAAUCAGCAAAUCAAUCUCAUGUACAAAUACCCAAGCAAGUACCUCCUCUUCCUGAAGGGUUAUCAACACCGUUAGAAAAACGUAUUGACGAUCUGCGAAUGGCAGCAAAAAUGUUUGAUGAAGAAGGUAGAAAAAAGUUUUUCACUCAAGAGAUGAACAACAUAUUAUUAGACAUAGAGUUACAGCUACAGGAGCUGAGUCCGUCCAACAGGAAUGGAGUAUAUGGUUAUAUUGAAGCUUUUGUUCCAUGCACCAAGGAUAUACUUAUGAAGCGCUUGAAAAAACUUCACCUUAAUAUACAGGAUGACCGACUGAAAGAGCCUCUGCAAAGACUAAAAGUGGCUAUCAGCAGUGUGAUGCCUGGACAGCUCAACAGGUACCAAGAGGACUGCCAGGCACAUCAGGCCAAAAGUACAAAACAUGAAAGUGAUGAGCGUGAUCGAAAUCCUUCAGAAGAGGAGGAUGAAGAAAAGCCAGGAAAAAGGGUGAUGGGACCAAGGAAAAAGUUUUACUGGGAUGACACACUUAGGAACCUGCUUUGUAAUCUAGUGAAGAUUAAGCUGGGAUGCUAUGAACUUGAGCCCAAUAAAAGUCAUUCAGCAGAAGAUUAUCUAAAAAACUUUAUGGAAACAGAAGUAAAGCCUUUAUGGCCAAAGGGCUGGAUGCAAUCCAGAAUGCUGUUUAAGGAAAGUCGCAGUGUACAUAAUCACCUCACUUCUGCUCCCGCCAAGAAAAAGGUCAUUGUAGCCCCAAAACCCAAAGUUAAGGAAUCCAGUCCUAAGAAGGAGCCGAAGACUUUGCCACCUUUGCCUGCUGUUGCCCGUACACCUUCUGUAAAUGCAGUUGUGCAUGCUGGUGGUCAAAUCACCUCUAAUUGCGCAUCCUCUGAGACGAUCUGCCUGGAUGACUCACUGGAUGAAGGUCUUUCCUUUAAAACGCCUUCAUUAGACUCAAUCUCAGAAGCAUUGGCUGUACUUAACAAUGGAACCACCACACCAUCUAAUUCUCACACAGAAGCGCCCAUCUCCCGGCCACGGGUUGCCUUGAGGGAAGAAAAACUAGCUUCUAUUAUGAGCAAGUUGCCAUUGAGUGGUACUAAAAAGGCGGAUCCUCUUCAGCACACCUCCAGCCUAAUUGCAGGCCAGUCAGCCCCAAUACCAAAGAAACACCAGGAUCUUGCACCAGCCCAUUCCACAGUAAUGUCUGGGCUUAUUGCAGGCUCUUCAAUUCAAAAUCCCAAAGUGUCAUUGGAACCAUUACCUGCCAAGCUGCUUCAACAAGGAGUGCAAAGGUCUUUGAAGUCUGAGGUAUCCUCUUCUUCUGCACCUGCUAAGACAAAGGCUUCCUCUGUUUCUCAAGCCAAAGCAACCGGCUCUUCCUUCUCCACUCCCUCUUCCUCAACUUCAACACCUUUAAUAUCUUCAUCACAUGUUCAUGUUUCUUCCUCCUCUUCCCUAGUACAGAACUCUUCUUCCUUGCAAACUGUCAAGGUCCAGCCACCUCUACAACAAAACUACGUUACACCUUUGCAAGCUACUAUUAGUAAAUCCCAUACUAACCCCGUUGUGCGCUUGACCAGUAGCCCCCAGAUCUCUUCCACAUCACCAGUUAUCAAAACCCCUGAAAAAACAGUUGGUUACCGACCUCCAUCAUCACCUUCAGGUAGCAGUCUACAUGCAGCGGUAUCCCGAAGUGCUGCCUCUUCUUCCUCUGCUAGCAUUAUAGCAAAAAAUAUUGGUUUACAAGGUUCCAAUCCCGCAUUCAAGUCUCCUUAUAGCAUGGCUCCUUCACCCAAAAUCACCACUUCUCCUAGUUCUUCCAGUUCAGGUAAUCCUAUCUCUCAGAAUAGUGCACAUCAUAAGGUGUCAAGCGGUAUUAACAUUGCACAUCCUUCCCCCACAGUCAGCCCUAUACCAUCUGGAAGGACCUCGGCAGGUAUUUCAGGACUGAAAAAUCCUUCUGCAUCUCCGAAGAUCCCCAGUUCCACGCCUAAAUUACUUACCACUACAGUUAGACAAACAAGUCCUUCCCCAAAUAUGCCUGCCUCAUCUCCUGUUCAUUCUCCAAUCCCUUCUCCAAAAAAGUCUAGUCCAAAUUUGCAAAGUCUUUCUCCAAAACCAGCUAAUUCAUCCCCUAAGCCAAUUAACCCUACCCAACCUGGACAUAUUAAGACCACAAUUUCUAGCUCUGCAAUGAAUGUUCCAAUCAGUAGAGCCAGUCAAAAUGCCAGUGUUACAAAUAGGACUCAUCUUUCUGGAGCAACAGCAAGUGGAGCUGUAGGUGCUACAAAACAGCCAAUAUCCCACAGACAGUCAUCUGCCUCAGGUUCUCCAGUUGCAGCUGCUACCGUGCAGUCUGCAGCAUCUCUUCUUGCAAAUACAUCACCUUUGACCCUCAUGGCUUCACCAUUAUCUGUAACUAAUCCCAACGUGGCAACAACCUCACUUAGCCCAUUUGGCAUGUUGGGUGGCCUGGUACCUGUUAAUAUGCCAUUCCAGUUUCCUUUGGAGUUGCUUACCUUUGGGAGUGAUACUGCUGGUGCAACAACAUCUCCAUGUUCUACCUCAGCGGCAUUUCAUCAUAGUAUCACUCAGAAUUUACUCAAAGGGUUACAAACAACUGCUACGCACACGACAACAAUUUCUCACUCCAGCUUGCCAGCUCAUUUGCAACAAGCUUUCUCAGAUGGAGGUCAAAGUAAAGGGGAGUCAAAAUUGCUGCGAAAAAACCCAUGACAUGUGACUGAAUAAAAAAGGCAUUUGAUUUAGGUUUUAUUUUUCUGAAUGGCUAUCAGAAAAUACUUUUUUGGCAGAAUGAGCUGCCAUUUGCUAUGUUUACAUUACUCUGAUCCCAAGCACUGUGGAAAGCAGAAUGAAUACUUGAUCGAAGCAAAAGAAAGAUGGCAUUAAGUUGGUGCUAAAAAAUAACAAAGGAUUUGUUUUAAGGCAAUUGAUGGAAGAGGAUGAUUCUUUCUGUAACAUGAAAUCACUGGGCUAGAUGACUUUUUAUAUUUAUUUUUGUUGCUGAUACCACAAAGAACACAAACAUGAAAUGGAUACAUUUGCAUUCCAUUCUAUUUUACUGAGUAUUACAGAACAAGGCUGUUGGCAAUUAACCAAUAAAAUGCAGACAUUCUCUCUCUCCUAAU